GGCAACAUGAGUAGCUUCAGCUCAGUUUGUCUCAGGAUAACAAGAGAGAACAUUUGUGAAGUUACAGGGAUCCAAAAUGGCUUUGGCAAGUGGCCAGUGGAUUAAUAAAGAAGUCCAGGGCGACCCACCAAGCCCCAGAUAUGGUCAUGCUGUUGCUGUAACAGGAAACAUAGCUUUUUUGUUUGGUGGUGUGUCCACUGUGAACUUUCUGCAUGAACAGCCAAUAUAUCUGAAUGAUUUCUAUGUACUUACAGUUUCACCUUCAAACAUUACCUGGGAAGUUUUGCCACAAAGUGGAGCUGUACCAUCAGCAAGGGAAGGACAUAGUCUUUGUGUGGUUAAAGGGAAGCUUUAUUUGUUUGGGGGAUCUUCGUUUCCACAAGCGAGGGAAUGCCUGGCAGGAAUCUACUGCUUUGACAUCAUUUCACUCACAUGGGAGAAGCUGAAAACUUCAGGAGUAUCUCCCAGGGGUCUGAAGCACAGCUCUGCAGCAGUGGGUGACACCAUCUAUGUAUUUGGAGGAAUUGUUGAUGGUAUCAUUACAGAUGACCUGCUGAUGUUCAACACAGUAUCAUUGACCUGGACUCCAGUUAAGACUACUGGAUUUCUUCCAUCUGCAAGAUUUGACCACAAAUUUGCAAUGGUCAGUGAGCAGAUCUACUUGCUUGGAGGCUGCUCAGAGAAUAACAUCUACUGUAAGGAUGUCCACGUGCUCAAUACAGAUAGCCUUACAUGGCAGAAAUGUGAGGUGAAAGGAGUAUGUCCCCUGGCUUGCAUAGGAUACAGUAUCACAGCACAUCAUGACAAGGAUAUCUACUUGUUUGGGGGGAAAUGCGCCAGUAAGAAUGGAGCUGUCGCUUCAACAAAUGAAAUACAUAAACUGAGCAUUGCAAAGAUGAAAUGGAAGGUGCCUCUGUACAUGGGGAUUCCACCAGCCCGCCGGCACGACCACACAGCGUUCAUCAUUCAUAGUCAUAUGUAUGUUUUUGGAGGUAAAAAUGAAGAGCAAGAAUUCGGUGACCUAAAGGUGAUGAAAUUAAUCAACCCCUCUGAAAGACAGCCAGUAAUGAAAGAGAUACUGUCUGAAUUUGGAAUUCAGGGAGUCAGCAAUGGAUUUGCUCCUACGAAGAUUCCAAACAUCAAGUACGAGCUAAGUGAGCCUUCGUUUCCUGUUAGGCUUGAAAUGCAUCCCCCUGCAAAAACUGCAAGUCGCAAGGAUUUCGCUGCUGUCCGUAAUGAAGCAAUGGACAUGAUCCAGAGGGCUUUCUCCAUGUUAGACUCGGAGUUCCAAAAGCUCGACAGUGAGCAGUCAGCAAUCGCCCAGACUGCAAUGGCUCUUCAGUAUGAACGAGAGGCCUACUGCAUGCAACAUCAGAAACAGCAACAGGAGCUUAAGGAAUUACUGGAGAGACACAAAGCACAGAAUGAGUCCUGGCUACGCGCUAGGGCAGAGGAGAAUGACAGGGAGAGGAAAGAACUGUGUAAACUGAGGGAAGAGAUUUUGCAUGAGCAAGAGAAACUGAAAGAGGAACAAAUCAACAUGCAGAAGCACAGUGAACAGCUCCAUUCGAUAAUGCAGCAGUUCAAAGGCAUGUGACAAUGUUAGGAUAAUGCUCUGCAGUGUAUGAGCUCUACUGCAGUCAGUAAGGUGGAUAUGAGUGCCUGAAAGCUCUCACUGAGCUGCUCACACCUGUCACAAUACUAUGCUUCAAAGGAAUACUCUAUAUGAACAAAACAUAAAUGGCACAAACAUAUUCAACAUUACCUCUCAGAAAUCUGUGUCUUGUCUGUCUUAAAUCUGUUGUCUCUGUUACAUUACAUUUGAAUUUAUUCAAAUUAUAAACAUUUUGCUGUUGUAGUUAAUUUAAAAAAUGCAGGUUAACCACAGAGAUCAAUAAAAUAUUGUUCCACCUACA